AGCCUGAAUAAUGUUUAAAGUUGAUAAAGUUAAGUCAGCUAAGUACAACAUUAAUGUAUCCUAUUCUGACUCAGACAGCUCAUUUUCGAGAUCCCGGCAGAAACUAUCGAUAGGCCAGCCAUCACCAUUAGUUGGUAAUGCAUCAGUAGCUCUAAGUUCUAAAGGCUCUGUCACUCUUCCCUAUAAGACCCCUUCUGACAUAAACGGAAGGUUGAACUCAACAACAACACCACACAGCAGAACAACUCCAGGCAGCAAAGCAACACCACACUCUCGCACAACCCCAUAUCCUCGCACCACCCCCAGAUCUAGGAACACUCCGCGGAACACUACACCGGGUAGUGUCACACCUCGUAACACCUCCACAACCAGUGUCUCAACCCCAGCACAACCGGACACACUCACUAUAGUGGCAGUAGUUCAAGGAAGAGGACACGCAAAGAGUGAAAUGGGUAUUGCUAGUAUCGACAUGAAGUCCCCUUCCAUAUCACUCUCUCAGUUCUCCGACACUGCCACUUUUGUAAGGACUCUAACCAAACUUAAUAUUCUCAAUCCUGUGGAGAUCAUCUUUCCCAGUACAUUAACAGAUGCUGGGAGUCAGUCGGAGCUAUACAAACUGGUGACUGAAGCAACUAGUUGCCCAAUAACUUCUGUUCAGCGAAAGUACUUCAAUGAGGGGCUGGGAGUGCAGUAUGCCAAACAUCUGUCAAUUGAUAACAUGGACGAUGUACAGACGAAGGAUAAAUACUACUGUCUAGCUGCAUUAGGCGCUCUUAUGAAGUACAUAGAGUUUAUCCAACACACGGUAUUCGCUGCACAUAGCAUACCAAUACGCUUCACAGGGUCUGAUAAAUGUACACUUAUUGAUGCUACAACCGCUAAACUUCUCGAAUUGGUAUGCAAUGCUGUGGACAGUAGAUCACAACAUACCUUGUUUGGAGUUUUGAAUAAAACUAAGACGUCAGGUGGAGCAAAGCUGUUGCGGUCGACGAUACUACAGCCUCCAUCUGACCUGGAUACAAUCACUCUACGCCAGGACUGCGUAGAUGAACUGCUUCAUAACGAGGAACUCUUCAACAAUCUGGAGUCUGUGCUGGGUAGAUUUGUUGAUGUGGAUACUACUAUCUCUCUUCUAAUCCAGGUACCCAAACAAGAGUCUCUGAAAACUGCGGAGAACCGUAUCAUGCACAUAAUAUGUUUGAAACACCUCCUGGAACUGGUUAAACCCCUAUCCAAUGCCAUCAAAGACAGCCAGAACAACCUUUUUAAAGCAAUGUUUGAGAAUCUGCAAGACGAAAGGUUCAGCGAGAUGAAGUCUAAAAUAGACAAGAUAAUCCACGAGGACACAUACUACCAGAAGGGAGCACUGAACAUGCGAACACAGAAAUGUUUUGCUGUUAAACCAAACCUGAAUGGUUUGUUAGACGUCGCCAGGAGAACUUAUUCGGAGAUGGUUGACGAUGUUGCGGAGACCAUCAAGAAGCUGGCACAAAAGUACAACCUCCCCCUCAAGACUGGGUUCACUUCUUCACGAGGGUUUUAUAUUAUCAUCUCCAUGAAAGUCGUUCCGGAUCUACCCUCGGUCUUUGUUAAGGUGCUGAAACAGAAGAACGGGGUGACCUGUACUACCGGAGACUUGAUAAAACUAAACGACAGAAUCAACGACUCUCUUAACGACAUCUACCUUAUGACGAACGAGGUAACGAAAGGUUUGCUACAAGAGAUUUACCCGCUUGUGGGCUGUCUCUACAAGCUGUCGGAAUGUACUGCUAUGCUUGACAUGAUAACAUCCUUCGCUGCUGUCUGUGCAUUGUCUGACUUCAUCAGACCGGAAUUCACCGACACCAUGGCUCUAAAAGACUCUGUCCACCCGAUUAUCAGUAAAAUAGACUCUGUCACUGUCCCUAACGAUGUGUUCGCUUCUUCUUCCAGUUCAUUCAACAUCAUCACCGGCCCCAACAUGAGUGGCAAAAGCACUUACAUCAAGCAGAUAGCACUUCUCCAGGUCAUGGCUCAGGUGGGAUGCUUCAUCCCAGCCUCGUACGCGUCCCUAAAACUGGUCGAUAAUAUUUUCUCCCGUAUCGGGUGCGAUGAUGAUAUCGAGACAAAUGCCUCGACCUUUACACUGGAGAUGAGGGAGAUUAAGUAUAUUUUGGAUAACGUCACCGACAAGAGUUUAGUUAUAGUAGACGAGUUGGGGCGUGGCACUGGUGUGGAGGAGGGUGCAGCACUCUGUUUUGCAAUCUCCGAACACAUCCUAACCCGGGCCAAACCUUUUGUUUUCUUCGUCACACACUUUCAGGAGUUGGAACAUCUUGAGAAUAUCUAUCCCAAUGUGGUCAACUAUCAUUUUCAGGUUAACUACGAGUUGGCACCCGGAUCAACUUGUGAGAAAGUACAAUUCCUUCGAAAGUUGAGCAAAGGACCAGGUCCUCAUCGAAACUACGGUAUAAAACUCGCUAAACUCUCCGCCCUGCCGUCAGAAAUCACUUCAGAGGCGGAGAAACUUUCGGCUGAGCUGAGGAAAAAGUGUGGCUACUCGGCUGUCCCUCAGAAAAAUGAAAGAGAAAUAAACGAACAAAAUGUCUACUCACUCGCCGAACAUCUCCUGCAGGCCGUGAAAAACACUGCUAUGAGCGGGGAGGAAAUGAGGAAUUAUUUAAAGAAUUUACAGGAGGAAUGUAUGAAGAUGAAUGAUUCUAGAACGACGGAAGGGAGUGAUGGGAUGACGUCGAAUGAGGUCUCGUUUGACAGUUCUGCUAAUAAUCAGAGCAACUCGUCUGUCGAAUUCCAACUGAAUAAUGACAUGACUGAUACACACGUUGUUGGCAGGACACUUCUAGGAAAGGGCUUGAGGCGCCCAAGAGAUAUAACCUCUGAAAACCAGACCGACAACGAACUCGAAGAAUCUUUUGGUCUAACCGAUAAAAGGCGGCAAUACAGUGUCGAGUACACAACUACAAAAACAUCAUCCGAUGAUAUGUUGAGACGGUCCAAUAUUGAAGACUCCGAUUCGAAAACAGAUCAAUAUGCAAACACAGGACAUCAAUACCACGAGGUAGAUUACUCUGAAACGUUGGAUGAGAUCCGGGGAAAUGGACAACGUUUUAACGUUGAGUAUUCCACGUCUAACGGUCAAACGUUCGAUUCCUCUGAGGAAAGGAACUUUCAAUUCCAUGAGUCAUCUUCCUCCGGCAUGUCCAGUGAUGUUGCUAAGUUUUACACUGGAUUGUCUGUCAAAAGAAAGCUUCGUUAAUUUAAGAUUUACAUAGUUAUAUAUUUUGAUACUGUUCGUUACAAAGUUAUAACAAAGUUCUUUAAUUUGUAACAUAAUGGGAAAUGCUUUCCAAAUCUUGUUUCAGAUAAUUGUUAAUUAAUACGGUGAACAGAUCGUGGUAAAAUGCGAGUCUGGUUAAUGGUUAAUGGUUAUAUGUUGUUGGGUUAAAUUUGUUUAAUUUGAAAAUUAAACAAAAAUUUCUUUAAUACAUUUUUCUGCGAGGUUUUGAGGUUUUCAAAGGUUUUUUUUUUCAUCUCAGCAAGUGUAUACUUAUUAUGAAGGGUUUAUACAUUACAUACUACAUAGUGGUGUCAACAUUUUUGUUUUUUAGGUACAGUUUUGAAAUCGUUGUAUUAGCAUGUUGAAGAUUAUGUUUUGUCAAUAUCUAUAAUUGUACCGUAAUCAUUUUACAAGCAAUGAUAAUUGAUAAUUUUAAAUGGUUUUGUAAAUCCGAAAUUUCUGA